AGUUGAAAGCAUCGCACGUGAAGUGCGAAAUCCUCGUGUGCUGCAGUCCGUCUCAAACGGAAUGAAGAGAGACUGAACCUUGGAUCUUGUCUUGAAGUGGGCUGGUCUUCGCAUUCGACUUCUGUCUGUGUUUGUGGCUGCUGAGGCAGCACUCGUGGCUAAAUAAAUUGCUUCUGCUUGAAGGAAGCUCUGUCAUUGUACCUCGAGGCGAGCGGGAUUUCCUUGAGAAACACCAAUGAGGUCAUAGAUGGGCCGUGCCGGAUGAAGCACGCUCUCCAUAGGAACACGCUGUCCCCUUCGUCUGAACAUGGAAUACUUGACACGGUCCUCGAGACAUCACCGCUUGGAGAACGACUAGACUGUCCUCGCGCAGAUCUGGUAGAGUUGCGCUGUUUUCAUUGGAGUGGAGCUUCUUCCUGAGAACUUCGUCAUGAGAUCAUCGUCAUCUGAUUCCCCAACAGCUGCAGGAAUCCAGUUGCGUUGGAGUGGACGAUGGACAUUGCUGUGUGCGCAGGUCUCCGAACCUCUAUUUGCGUCUGGCUACAUUAAACUUAAGUAUUUUUUUCUCAAAGUAAUAAAAAUAUGUUCCAUGGUGUUCAUAUGAACUGAGGAACCGGGACCAGCGAUUUUUUCCAAGUAAAGGACAGAACGCAUCUGCGCAAUUUAAUCUGCGCAUCUGCUUGUUUAAACCAUAGUUUUUCUUCUCCACCUGUGGAUUAUGACCCUGGACACAGAUUUAAUGGAUGACCUCGUUGUCGACGUGGUAGGUGAAGGUGGCAAGGAAUCUGGAGACGAUCGUCUUUCGUCUGCAUCCGACCACCGGAUACACAACUCAACAUCCCUGUCCGAAAAUCAGUCAAGCAACGGAGAUAAGGACCACGUACCCUCUUCUAUAUGUCCGUCAACCUCGAGCAAAAGCACGUCGGUGAAACCGCCCUAUUCUUACAUCGCCUUGAUCACCAUGGCCAUCCUCCAGAGUCCCAAAAAGCGUCUGACCCUCAGCGAGAUCUGUGACUUCAUCAGCCUUCGGUUCGCGUACUACCGAGAGAAAUUCCCAGCUUGGCAGAACUCCAUCCGACACAAUCUUUCUCUCAACGAUUGUUUCGUAAAAAUGCCACGGGAACCGGGUAACCCGGGUAAAGGGAAUUACUGGACUCUGGAUCCAAAUUCAUCGGACAUGUUUGAGAACGGAAGUUUUCUGAGGAGGAGGAAGCGAUUUAAACGACACCACUUCAAAUUCGGGGUGUUUAAAGAUCAAGCGCUUCAGCCGAAUGGCUUUCCGAAUCUUGGCUACGGCGCGUACAGUCUCAGCGCGUCCUGCGCGCACUUACCGGGUUUGGAUAUCUACCCGUUUGGCUUCCAUCAGCCCAUCGGUGUACCACCUCUCGGCAGCAUUUUACCUGCUCUGUCCACGCUUUUCUCUCGGAACUCUGUCGCCAAGUCUUUUCCACAGUCCCAAACAGUGGCUAUAGAGCCUGUCACCCCUGGGUUAACCUGUCCGGUUGCUCCGUCCUCGCAUUACGCAUCUUCAGGACUGUUCAAUCCAGUGGGCUUCCCCCGGGUCCUCAAUCUUCAAUAUGAGUACCAGAAACUGCAGAAUCUGCAAGAGUUGACCACUAAACAUAGACUCUUGGCUAGCGUCAAUAACUAGGUGCGCAUGGGAAAUAUUUAGAUUUAAAACUAUUUUUUCUCAGGAAUUUAUUUUCAUGUAUUCGAAGUCAAGUUUAGCAGGCAAAUGUCUGAGCAACUCUGAAUGUUGAGUGUUGUUUCUAUCUGUAAGGCUUUCUGUUAAAUGACAAAACUGGUGCAUGGUAUUUUAUUGGAAUGAUGAAAUUCUAAUCAUUUUAAUAAUCGAGCUUCGAACUAUUUAAAUGACGACUUUCCUUUUACGUUUUGAUGGAAAUAAAAAAGACAUUUAAAAAAUGUACAAUAAACGUGAAUCCUGAUUUCUAAUGUGUGCGGGCAACGAUAGCCUUUUCAUUCUUCAUUUAAAUAAUUAUUCAAACAUCACGUCGUAGUAUAAAUAUUUGUUGUUGUUUUUUCCCUUUUUCAUAAAACAUCUAGUGUCAUUUAGAAAUUCAAAUUCAUAGUCGUUAUGAACAUGAUCAUGCCAAUAUUUUGAUUAACUUUCCGAAGGAAACCAUAUGAUUGGCAUGUUUAUUUCAGACAACACUGAAUUU